CUACGAUACGGCACCUAACGGGAGGGAGCACAUUCAACUUUUUUUUGUCUUUCCUUAUACACAGUAUACCUGUUUUAAUACAACCUCCAUACAGUUUCGGAAUGAGGUGACCCGCAGUUCUCAACCUAAUCUUACUAUGAGCUGCAGUCACCGCGGAACCUACGCUGCCAGACGGAUUGUUCAAAACCGCUGCUCUCCAACACCUCUCACACCAAUAUCAUAUAUAUCCCAACGAAGUCUUGCAACAGCACGAACUCGAUCUCAAAAAGAUACCAAUGCGGUGCCGAAGAGCUUGCAAGUUCCAUCCGAAGCUCGCUUCAGCGAGAUAGGGGUGCAACAACUCAGCAGCCAUGUACAUUCCCAAGUGUUUCCCGGCGCUUCUACACGGCCGCCUCCAGAGCUCGUAGAACUCUCCAAGGAUCAUCUCACGCGCCAUGACCUGCUGGGGAAGAACCAGGACUCCACCCCACCCGUGGGGUUCGAUAUGCCCACGCUCCAGGGUGCGACUCUCGAUGAGCACUUCUAUAAACUUGGAAUGGAUGCCGCCGAGCCAUACCUAAGUAUGGCGAAGAAGCUUGCAUGGGCGAAUCCUCCUCCUAAACCUCGAAAGUGGCUUGCGCGCAGCGGGUGGACCAAGUAUAACAGCGAUGGGACGAGCGAGGCAGUGGAUGCGCCGGAUGAGACAAUGCUCACCUUCGACACAGAAGUAAUGUGGAAAGAGACUUCUUUUGCUUGCAUGGCUUGCGCCGUCAGCCCGACAGCAUGGUACGCAUGGAUAUCGCCCUGGCUGUUAGGAGAAUCAAAAUCGGACCGUCAUCUUAUUCCUUUGGGAGACAUAUCGCAACCGCGGAUCGUCGUAGGGCACAACAUUGGUUAUGAUCGGGCACGAAUCGCCGAGGAAUACGAUAUCAGGCAGUCCAAAAAUGCAUUCAUCGAUACCAUGUCCUUACAUGUCGCUUCGAAUGGGAUGUGCUCAAGACAACGGCCCUCGUGGAUGAAGCAUAGAAAGAGUCGGGAGCUACGGGAAAAAAUCGCUACGUCGGAGGAGAACGCGGACCUUGCUCACCUUUUGGAUUCUGGGGCAUUGCCUGACGAAGAGGAGGAAUUGUGGAUAGGCAGAAGCGCAAUCAACUCGUUAAGGGACGUGGCAAAAUUUCAUUGUAAUAUCACCAUCGACAAGGCGCGGCGCGAAUAUUUUGGAGAAUUGGACCGAGAAGGUGUAAGAGCAAAGCUGGACGAAUUACUCGACUAUUGCGCCGCAGACGUCGAAAUCACACACCGAGUCUACCAAAAGGUCUUCCCACUGUUCCUGGAAACAUGUCCUCACCCUGUCAACUUUGCCGCACUCAGAUUCCUAGCCGCCGAGAUUUUACCCGUCAAUGAGACUUGGGACGCGUACAUUGCCAAUGCCGAGGCGACUUACCACCAGCUAGAGGAUGCUGUGAAGGAGCGUCUUGUUGGCUUGACAGAAAGAGCUGUAGAAGUGAAAGACCAGCCCGAAGUUUACCAGAAUGACCCUUGGCUCAACCAGCUGGACUGGUCCGGCCAGGAAAUCAGGAUGGUGAAGGGCAAGAAGAAAAACGACCCUCCAAGACCGGCAGCUCGCCAGAAGAAGCCAGGAAUGCCGAAGUGGUAUAAGGACCUGUUCACAAAGAAUGACGGACCAAUGAAUCUGACAGUUCGGACACGAAUAGCGCCAAUAUUGCUAAAGCUCUCAUGGGACGGCAAUCCACUCGUCUGGUCCGAUAAGUAUGGGUGGACCUACCAGGUGCCAGUGGAUGAGAUGUUUGCAUACAACGGAAAGGGAAUGAAAGAGCUUGAUAUGUCCGAGGAAGAGAACCCACGACUACGCGACGACACGAAGCAUGUAUACUACAAGAUCCCGCACAAGGACGGCCCUCUUGCGCGAUGUGCAAACCCUCUUGCAAAAGGUUAUUUACAAUAUUUCGAGAAGGGAAAGCUUACCUCAGCAUAUGAGUAUGCUAAAGAGGCUCUGGAAAUGAACGCAUCAUGUUCAUACUGGAUAAGUGCGAGAGAUAGGAUAAUGUCUCAGAUGGUUGUCUACAAUAAGGAAGUUCCGAACGCAAUAGCGUUGAAGUCAGCCUCAGACAAGGGACGUGGAAAAAAGGUCGGCUUCAUCUUACCGCAGAUUAUUCCCAUGGGCACAAUUACCAGACGUGCUGUGGAAAACACGUGGCUCACGGCCAGCAAUGCUAAGAGUAAUCGUGUCGGAUCAGAGCUGAAGUCUAUGAUCCGGGCUCCAGAGGGGUACUGCUUUGUAGGUGCCGAUGUCGAUUCUCAAGAAUUAUGGAUUGCAAGUUUGAUCGGCGAUGCUACCUUCCAACUGCACGGCGGGAACGCAGUCGGCUUCAUGACACUCGAGGGUACGAAGGCAGCAGGCACAGAUCUACAUUCUCGGACGGCAAGCAUCCUCGGCAUCUCACGAAACGACGCGAAAGUAUUUAAUUAUGGACGUAUCUAUGGAGCAGGCCUGAAGUUUGCUUCAACGCUUCUACGACAAUUCAACCCUUCCUUGACCGAGCAAGAGACGUCCAAAACAGCCAACAACCUAUACCAGAAUACGAAGGGCAAGAAAACAACGAGGAAGCAACUCCACGAGCGCCCGUUCUGGAGAGGUGGUACGGAAUCGUUCGUAUUCAACAAGCUCGAGGAUUUCGCAGAGCAGGAGCGCCCACGUACUCCCGUCUUAGGAGCCGGCAUCACCGAGGCAUUAAUGAGACGAUACCUUUCCAAGGGUGGUUUUAUGACUUCUCGCAUUAACUGGGCUAUUCAAUCUUCUGGAGUCGAUUAUCUCCACCUUCUUAUUGUAAGCAUGGAGUAUUUGACCCGUCGGUACAACUUGGAUGCUCGCCUGGCGAUCACAGUCCAUGAUGAGAUAAGAUAUCUAGUUAAGGAGAAGGACAAAUACCGUGCAGCAAUGGCCCUCCAAAUCGCAAACGUGUGGACGCGAGCCAUGUUCUCACAACAAAUGGGCAUCAACGAGCUUCCACAAUCGUGUGCCUACUUUUCGGCCGUGGACGUCGAUCAUGUCUUGAGGAAAGAAGUAGACAUGGACUGCGUGACUCCAAGUCACAAGGACAAGAUCCCGCAUGGAGAGAGCCUUGACAUCAUGGCUCUUCUUGAGAAGGGUGAAAUCGCACGUUUGGACCCAGCUAUCAUUCCCAAAGAUCCUCCGCAGGUGGAGCAAUACUCAACCACUUACAAGCCCCGCGUGCCCGUCAUGGCCGCCCUCGAAGAAUCAUCGCCAAACACCUCCACAGCGCUAGCCUACCUCAAAGCUCAGAUCACGGAAGAUGACAAGGAGCUUCGCGAAGUAAUGAAGACCGUUCGUCCCGCCCGGACCCGUUCAUCUACGACCCGCAAAUCCAAGCGUUCCGCCGAGGACGAGGAAAUCGAGAACAGCAUCCUCCACUACCAACAAAUGGCCAAGCUCCUACCCGUCGACGAACCCUGGGGCGAGAAAAUCAACAAACAGUGGGAGCGGAGCGGACUAAAUAAAAAGGGCCAGUGGCACACUCUCCACGGCCACCGCAACAGCCCCGCGAGUAGGAUCGUUCGAGGAUUGUAAGACGCAUACAAGGCGUACUUUCCCAACACAAACUUCCUUUCUAGCAGCACUCGACUUCUUUUUGUAUAUGUAUAUUCUUUUUUACGGGUUUCACCUUUUUGUACGAUACCAUGGUCUUCUGUUUACGGCCUAGGGAGGAGAUCUUUUGUAUGGCAUAUGUGUGAUGAUACCUUUCAUGCAUUGCGGCGGUCGGUUUGGGCGGUGCAUGGAUGGUCGGUGGUUGGGUUUAACGCAUUUGCAUCGCAUCGCAUCGUUCGUGUUUUCGACACGAGAACUAGCUAAUAUACACUCACAAAGUCAAGUCGCUAUACGAG